AUGGAACCAGUCCAAGAAGGGGAGGAUACACAAUUUGCUGAAGUGUGUUACAUGAGCAAUGGGCAAGGAGGUUACAACAAAGGAUACUAUAAUUACAAGUCCAACCCAGCCAUGUCAUACAGAAACACUGAUGUUGCUAACCCUCAGGACCAGGUUUACCCUCAACAACAGCAAGCUCGAUCGAGUCAAGCCCACAACAUGGGUAUGGUCAAAAACAACUACCAAGGCCCUCAAGGGACUUUUCCUGGUCAGCAAAUGCACAUACCACCUGGCUUUCCCCACCAACCACCCCAGCCUGCACCUACACCUGAGCAUGAGCUCAAGGCUAUGCUGAAACAAUUGCUUCAAGGGCAAGCUGAUGGUGUUGUGGACACAAGCAAGAAGUUGCUGAAAUCAACUCCAAGAUUGAGAAUCUCAACACAAGAGUGUACUCUCUGGAGAAUCAUGCUUCUUCUGUGCUGCUGCUACAAAGCAAGGACAACUACCUGGUAA